UCAGAGCGUUUCCAUGGAGGGCAAGGACGAAUGGGUACCUGUCGACAUAGAUGCCGACAAGAAGGAGGAGGGCCCGGAGGUAAAGUCACCUUCGGCGGCAGCGAGCUCCGGACCUACGACCCAGGUCAAGCGGGAGUUCGUCUUCAACGGCCAGAAGAUGGAGUAUGUCACCUCGGAGGGCAAGGUCAAGGAGAGAGAUCCGGGCAACGCGCACCAGGGUCGCAAGAAGGAGAAGCAGAUGGAGCUGGACCCGGCGUUCGCACUGCAGGUGGACCCCCGCGACCCGAGGACCACACGGGGACCGUGCGGGCAGACGCAUCGCAAGUACUUCACGGUCAACAACCAGUGGGGCCAGACCAGGACGUGCUAUCGGUGCGGGCUGAGGUUGCUCUACGUUCCGACGGCGAAGGCGCCGAUGACGAACCUCAGCAUGCAGCAUCCGAAGUUGGUGGAGUCCGGCCUGGAGUUGGUGCGGCACUGCAACCUGUGGGAGACGGCCAAUCACGAGCAGGUGACCGCGAUGAUCAACAUCGCCACCUCACUUCGGAGGCUCCCCGGGACCGAGAUCCGACACGCGCCGGACGCGCUGCUGGAGAUGUUGGGGGCAGCGAAUCCCAGGACACUACUCGCAGGACUGGCUUUGGCCAUGACCGUGGGUACGAUCACAGAGGCAGUGGAGAUCUGCUGCCAUCCCAACAGCAUGCUGACCGACGAGUGCACCAACAUCGGCCUCAGCAUGGAGCGGAUCAGCAUCGAGAACGGCUACAACCUCAGCACGAAGGCGGGGUUCGAGGCCGCUAGCAAGAAGCUGGACGAGGUGAUGCCGAAGAGGGCUUGGAUAUCGCUACCAUGCACACUAUGGACUUCACUUACGAACUUCAACUACAAGACACCAGAGGCACGUGCACGCCUCGAGAAAGACCGACUUCGAGACCGACGACGUGUGAAGUAUGGAGUUCUCCUGUUGCUAAAGAUUGUUGACAACGGAGGCGAAGUCUACUUCGAGUGGCCUCACAGGUGUCAAGGCUGGAAGAUUCCCGAGCUCAACUUUCUACGCACGGAGUUGAGGCGUCGGGGACGACACGUCUUCGAGGAUCGGAUCGACGGGUGCAUGUACGGCCUCAGGGACUACAACACUAACGAGCUCGUCGAGAAGGGCUGGAGGAUCAUGACCACCGACCCGGAGUUCUCCAAGGUCGCGACCGUGUGUGACCACUCACACGGCCACCGAGUCAUCAGCGGGAAGCUACACACUGCAGCCACAGCCUACUACCCGCAGGCGAUGUGCAAGGCAAUUGCCCGACUAUGGCAUGCUCAACUCCGGACCCCGAUCGACCUCAACAUGGCCCUGGAGAACCCUGCUGUCCUCGACCUCGAGAAUGCCUACCUGAUGGAGCGGGACACCGGGAGCAUCUACGUCGCUGACCCCACGGAUCCCGAAAGGGAACAGGUGCGGGCGAUGUUGAGCAGGAUCCACAAGGCUGCAGGGCACCCAGGGAACGAGCACUUGGCUUACUGGUGCAAGAAGCGACAGUGUCCACGCUGGAUCAUCGAGGAAGCGAUCAACCUACGCUGCGAGGCAUGCGACCUGGUCAAGCACGGCCUCACCCACAAGGUCAAGGCGAGCCUCGACAUCCCCAUGGCACCUUGGCAGGCAGCCGUCAUGGACGUUUCCGACCUGACGUUCCCGGACUUGAAUGUGAAGGCCAGGUUUCUUCUCAUCGCAGAGGUCGCCACCGGCCUGAUGUGUGGAGACAUCACUGCGAAGAUCGGCCUCAAAGAUAAAGGCACGGAUUCGUCAGCUACACUGUUCACGACGUUUGCCAGAACCUACCUUCAACACUACCCCAAGCCAAGGUGGGUUUUCGUCGAUCCUCAGCCAUCUUUUGUGGGCGGCGAGUUUAAAGACAACUGCCAGUUGGCCGGCAUCGGCGUCUCAGCGAAACCAGGAGGAGCACAUUGGAUGGCUGGCGACAUCGAGCGCCGCAUCUCGACCGUCAAGCAGGUAAUGAGGAAGCUUCGCCUACAAUACCCGAAGCUGAGUCCCGAGACCGUGUUUUACAUCUCGAUUGCGGCGGCCAACAACAUGGACAACAUCAAGGGCUACACGCCGAUGCAGUGGGCUUUCGGGUUCUCUCCCACCGAGGACCCAAUCUUGGCGCAUAACGCAGCUACUGGCAAGUUGAAGUCCGACUUCUUCGAGAUCGAGCGGGUACGAGCGGAUGCAGAGGCGACUUACCUGAAGGAGAAGGCGUCCAGGAAGAUCUCAGAGCUGAAGAACUCAGCCCCACGACCUCGACAUGAAUAUAAACGAGGCGACUGGGUCUGUGUCUGGCGGUCGUACGCUGCGACAGGGAAGCGAAAGCUUUCCGGGCAGGAUUUCUUCACGGACGGCCUCUUCAUCGGACCGGGCAGAGUUCUGUUCUCCGAGCCGGCGGUCCAGACAGGCAACAAGGACGGCGUGAUCUGGGUCAUCAUGGGCAACCGAUGCUGGCGCUGCGCAGCUGAGCAACUGCGGCCAGCCACGCAGUCGGAGAUCGUCCAGAUCAACCUGAAGAAGGACGACAUCCUCAACAGUCCGCUCGAGGACGUCUGGAGGCACCUCCAGGACUUUGACGACAUCGCCGGGGAGCCCUCCCCAACGGCAGAUGGCAUGAGGAUGCUACCACGUCAACCUCUUGAGGGCAUGCCGAGGGUGAUCGAGAAUCCCGAUGUGGCCGUGGAACCCCACGACGUCACGGAGGCAGAUGACGACCUGGAGGUCGACGAGGCGGCGACCGACCAUGUGGAAGCCAGCGAGACCGACAUCAUCAACUUCGUGCAGGAUCCGAAUAACGAGGCCGAGAUGGACCUGAUGAAGAUUGAGAUCGAGACGGACCUUGAGGAGUUCUGCUUCGAUGCGAGCGCGUACCUGGAGAAGCAGCUGAACCGAGUGGCCAACAACACGGUCAAGAAGGGUGUGCAGGUUUCGUUUGGCCGCAUGAGCCCCGAGGAGAAGCCACUGUUUCAAGAGGCAAUGGCACGGGAGCUGGCGGGACAUCUGGAAGUACCGACAGUCCGGGCUGCAUCGGUUUACGCUGACUACAAUCAUGGAAAAGACAUUCCAGCGGACAAGCUGAUCAAGAUGAGGUGGCUACUGACCUGGAAGCCUUUGACACCACCUGAACCACCGGACAAGUCGGACCCACACCCCGUGAGCACGCCGGACGGGAAGUUCAAGGCGAAGGCCCGUAUCAUUCUGUUGGGCUUCUCACAUCCAGACCUUGUCAGUCGCGACAAGUUCGGAGAUCGGGUGCUUCCCACGGCGUCACCAACCAUUUCAAGAAAAGGGAAGCUGGCACUCCUCCAGAUGGCUGCUUUCCACGGCUGGACCUUCGAGCUAGCCGACGCGAAGUCCGCCUUCCUGCAGGCCGGGCACACCGAGGAGUGGAGGAAGCUCUACACGAAGGGCGUGAAGGAGCUCCGGCAGGCCUUGCAGAUCAACGAGGAGGAGUCCAUGCGAGUCCUGGCAGCGAUCUACGGGAUCACGAAUGCGCCGUGGGUUUUCUGGAAGUACGUGGACCACAAAAUCCACGAAGCAGGAGGCAAGAGCGUCCUCAUCGAGCCAUGCAUCUGGAUCAUUCAGGACCAGGACGGCACCGUGUGCGGGGUCAUCGGCUCGCACGUGGACGACUUUGGCAUCGCAGGCGACAGCGACAACAAGUUCUACCUCGACAUGAAGAACAUGCUGAAGGAGAUGCUGCGGUGGUCUCCAUGGCGAAGCACGCCGUGCAUGUGGGCCGGCAUGUGGAUCACCCAGGAGCCAUCGGGCAAGAUCCAUGCCAGCCAGGAGGAGUUCUGUCACCAGCUCCUCGAGAUCAGGGUUGAGUCCGGCAAGUACCUCUCGAAGGAUGACAAGCUCAAGCCGGAGGACGUCACCCAGUUCAGGGCAGGCCUGAUGAAAUGCCAAUGGAGAGCGACACAGACAGCACCACAGUUCUCAUGUCGGGUGUCACUGUUGGCUCAACGGGUGAACGAGGCGACGUUCGGGGACCUGAAGGACACGAACGCCCUCAUACGCGAUGUGAAGCGGACCGCUCGUGACUCCCUGGUGUUCCACAACUUCAAUAGCAACUGUGGCGGCAAGCUGAAGUGGGACGACCUAGUGAUCGUGACGUGGGUCGACGCAAGCAGACUACUACAACGAGGAGGCUACAUCGUGGCGUUCACCACGGCCGAGAUCCUCAAGCAGAAGGAAUGUGCAGUAUCGAUCGCCGACUGGAGAUCGUACAAGCUCAAGCGCACCGGCAUCGGCACCAACGGCUGCGAGGGCCAGGCCCUGUACGACGGCGAGAACGCCGCGUACCUGAUGCGCAUGCUGUGGUCAGUCAUGCACGGAGUUCCAGUCACCGCGCACACUCAGGAGGAGGUGGCGCAAUCCAUGACCUCGGUGCUGGUGAUCGACAGCCGAGGAGUUUAUGAUUCAGUUCACAACAAGGAGAGCUUCGGCAUAGGCCUGAGCGACGCGAGGACCGGCGUGGAGGUUUUGCAUGUGAAGGCGAACUGCGGGCCCGAGAAGAACCAGCACUUGGUUUGGGUACCCUCGGACCUCAAUCUCACCGACGGCCUCACGAAGGACAGUCCCGAGGCAAGGAAGCCUCUGGCUCUGUGGCUUGCACGGCGUACCUGGAUCAUCAGGUACGAUGAGGAUUUCAUGUCAGCCAGGAAACGACAGCGAGCCAACAAACUCGCUCAGGACAAGCCGCAGGCACCUACGGACGCUGAAGCCGAG